UAUCCUGGUAGAGACAUUUCACGGAAUUAUCAAAACUGAAAAACCUGGACGAGCUCCAAAAUCUCAGAGGAAAUUCAUAACCAAAUAGGAGACACGAGGCACAGCAUGUCCGAAGUUUCAUCAUGAAAGGUCCCAAUAGCGCCAGCUCCCUGCCACCCUCUCUCCAAAGGAGGUUCUGGAUAUUUGGGGUAGUUCUAGCGAUUGUUGUGGUUAGUUUUGUGGUGUUUGGCAUUGUUGUGUGGACUAAGAUUGACCGUCUUCAAUCUUCACAGAAGAUACUUGAGAGUGGAUCAGAGGCUACUGUUGACCCUGAAGACACCGAAUCUGACGAUGAAGAUAUGAGCCUGUUGAACUUAGAAGAGCUGGCUACUCUCCCUGUCAGGAGGGACGGCGAAUACGCUCACGAUGAGGGGAAGAGGGAGAUUAGAAAGGGUCAAAGAAGUCGUUCGUGCGGUCGCUGCUGCCGAGAUUGUGAUUGUUCAACGAACAGUGGCGUUUUACGGGAUCCGGUUAAACAAGAGAAAUGCAUAGAAUGCUGCAAAGAAUGCGGAGAGGAUAAGAUGUGUGUGGCCAAGACUUUGCGAGAGCUGAUACCAGAAGUGGUCUAUUUCAACACUUGCAUCUUCAUUUUAACAUCAUCUCUGCAGUUUCGACCGCUGAUAGGCCACUUCAUCGGGGUCCAUGCUUCAAAGGUCAAAGGUAACCGUGCAUGUUCGGAUCCGCAGAAGGAUGCAGGGACGGGGUCGCUCGCUCUGACCAUUGAUGUUGGUUUAACCUGCUAUUGGAAAUAUUCUAAAUGGAUGGGGAAGGCUGCGAAACGACUAUACAAGCUGAAUAGGAACGGGACAGUUCUAGUUAGAGACGGGGGUCUCUACUUCAUUUAUGGACAUAUGGCAGUGAAUGAAACCAAGCAAGUGGCCAGAGAAGCCCUCGUCAUGAAGAGAGGUGGUAAAGUGACCGAGCUUGCUACAUGUGCAAACACAGCUGGCUAUCCGCUUGAUCCAUCAGGAGAGGUCAUGGACCCGGCAGGGUCGUUCAGGACCUGCAGCUUAGCAAGGUUCGCCGAGUUGGAGGCGGGGUCCGAGUUGUUCUUAGGAGUGUGGCGGAAUGUGGUCGGAAAGAAAGCGCUGAAAACGACAUUUCAUGGUGAAAGUUUGGCGUACUUUGGUAUCAUUAAAUACUGAGCAGUGUAAGAAUGUUGUACUGAUCCAGCACGAUACUUCAAGUUACAGUAGAACGAGACAAUGAACAAAAUCGGCUGGCAAUUUGUGGACACCGAUGCCUGAUUACGUCUCUUGGACAGAUAUUUAUCAGGGAGAUAACAAAACUUCAGGGAGAACAAAGCACGCUUGAUAAAAAAAUCCAUAUUCUACUUAUAGGCAACCCACUGGAAUGGGUACAGAGGGUCGAUGAAAUGAAAAGACUUUUGUUACCGGGCAGCAUACAAACUUUUGGGCCAUUGUUUUUACAGUUGUUUACUUGCCACGCAAUUUCCUUUGUGUAUCUUAUACAGUUAUGUAGAUGUUAUAAGAAUACAUUUAUAAUACUUUCAUAUAAACUCACGCUGUUGUCAUGCAACAACUUUGUAAUAGUACCAGAACGACAUGUUGUCUUAGUGACUAACGUUCUUCUGAUCUGAUAUACCACCUAUCACUUGAAUUAGAGAACGCUAGCCAAUACUUAGUAUAAUGUCAGGCAUCUCGGCAGAUAAGUUAAGUAGAGGAUAGAUUACUGACUCUCUCUCUCUCUCUAGCUUGCUUCCUCUUUCAUUUGGAGUGCGGACGAACCGUACUUGCAC